CGUUCUGAUCUGCAUACUCCCGCCCCAAGUGACUAGUGUGGCAAGACGAAUGCAAAUUUUUCAUUCAGCAGUCAUAAAAUGAAAUUAUCCUUCAAUCAAGGCUCUCCAACCUAGACGAGAGAAUAGUAUCAUGAUGGAUACUGUAAGGUAGUUAGACGUGUAGGAUGUGGCCGUCCCAGGCUGCCUGGAAGGUGUCCGUUGGGCAAGAAGAUUGACGACCUGCGCCUUUGCCCGCAAAGCUACGAUCGAAUUUCCACACGCCGUCGACAUGGAUGCUGGCUACACCGAACUAAGCUUCACUCGUUUCUCGCAGCACGGGCCUAAUCCAGUGCUAUUAGCGUUCGAGGACGAGGUUCUUGAGGCAUUGCGAGGUACGAAUGUCAGCUACCAACCGGCUGUUCAGAGAAGCACGCCGUCGCAUUUCAAAACAGAUCCGACUGUGAACGACAAAACCUACGGAAAAAGCGAACUCGUGGCGCAGAUCCAGAAGAGGAGGGUCGAAUCCGCCGAGAAGCACCAACAGCGCAACAAUGGUGUCGCUACUAAUGUGAUGAAUGGAUGGGAACUGUCGCAUGGCUCGCAGCAUAGCGCACCCAGUUUAGCCUUCGGCACCGCCGUCGGUGCCAGUUGCACCAUCUCAAGACGGGUGAAAAGCACCGACCAACCGUCGUCGGAGGGCCGAGACAAGCAUGGACAUCAGCAUCACAGCCAGCAGGCGGCAUUCGAGUGUCGAUGGUCAAACGCCCUGGCCGAAGUCCUGAACAAAUACUCUCACAAGCUCCUCUCUCAGAACUACUGCCAGCGAGUGGUAGCCAUCGGACACGCUCUCUUUGAUCAGAAGCACUAUGGAGCGGCAGUGACCCUCUGCUACUCAAGACUUGCAAUCAAAUCUUACAUCAAGCCUCACCCACGCUCGCGCUCAUCGUCCGCAAGCAGGCAUUUGCUGAGCGAAGGCAGCGAGAGCCAGAUUCGGAAUGACAGUGAAAGGAUGGAGUCGGAGAGCAAAGGAAAACAAUCAGAUACCUCAAGCACAGACUUGGACGCCCUGUGCGGUGGUUCUGAGCUCGUUCAGCCAGUGGUGGAAUGUACUACAGGGUAUCUUCGCUGUCAGUACGAGCUGCUAAUGCUCAAGGAUCCAACGUAUCAGAAUCCGGAGACAAGAGAGAUUGCCCUACAGCUGCUGGAGAGUUGGCAGGCAGUCGGUCAACCGCUUGUCUCUCGUUACAGCCUUUGCUGGAUUGCGUACAAUGUCAUUGUCAACAUCUACAAAAUAUCACAGGACAUGAUGACACGCGGAUUCACAGCUGAGGUACUGCCAAGUCUGCUGUGGUGUUCAUUGUUCAUGAAGCACUGUGUGCCGUUGAGGCUGGUGCGCUACGUACGACUGCGUACUCAGAUCACACUGUCCGUGUGUCAUGGCUACAUAGCAUUGCGGUAUCCACUACGUACGGAGGCCAUCGCACAGGAAGCUCUGAAGGAGAUCCAGUGGGUGGUGGAGAUGGAGAAGAAUGCCGGUCGACAGCAGGCGGUGGCAAGCGCUAUGACGGACUUGUCCACUGCAUGUAUACAGCUCAAUAUGAUGCUGUUUCGUCGCACGGCAUUCAGCUCCAGGAAGAAGCAGCGCGGCGUUUUCCGACAGAAGCCAUGCACGACAAUGAAGGAGUUUGAGAAGCAACUUUGGCCGCGUAACAAAACCGAGCGCCACCUCAUCCAGUCGAUUCCGUGGGGUAAGGGAGCCCAGCUGCUGACACUGCUCCUGGUGAUGGAUGAUCCACAACGGAGAACGCUGCACUCCUUUCGUCCUGAAAUAAUGUUCUACAUGCAAGAUAAGUGGGAUCGCGACGAGACCUUUGACGGUGGCAGGGAAUCUCGCCAAGGCCAAGGCGACAACGCAGCAUUGCAGCGGCAGCCGAAUGACGUCUCGCUCCAGACCGGGUCGGGGAGCGACGUCGACACUAGCCUUCUGAUGGACAUCUGGCACGAGCUGUUCUACGCGGCUGCCGAGAUCGUAGCCAUGUCAAUGCAGACGAACACGUGCCUCGGCGAGAACACGUGCACUUGGCUGGAUGGCUCUCGUCGCGUCAGUCAAUUGGACAUGGCCAUAGAUAAGGACGCUUGCGAUGUCAUCACAUCCGAGUCUGCUGUGCGUCUGGUCAAGUUCUGCUACUGUUACGAGAUGUGGGAAUCGCUGGACUAUCUGAUGACACCCAUGCUCGAGUGCCUAUCGAAAAGUGAGUCCACGGCGGACUUGGCCUAUUGCAAGCAGCUUGAAAUCAUCUCAGCUGUCAGAUGCAUUCAAGGACAGCUAGAUUCAGCCAUCCAACAGUCCCUCUUAAGGAGAGUUGCCUUUGUCAAGAGCACUAGCUCUGCGGAGAUCAAUCUGCUCAACCCACCGAAGAAACCUCUUAGUGGAGAGAAGCUGGAGGCUCUCGGAUACUUGGCUAGUGUCCUGGACUCGUGUCUACUUGAACCCCUGAAGUCAUGCAAAGAUUUGGACAAUGAUCUGGUCAACGAUGCUCUAUUGCUCCUAUGGGCAUGUGCGCAUGCGUUCUACUCGCAAAUCACUCAGAUGUCCCAGUGUACCCAUGUGCUGGAGGAUGACGACUUGGCCUUGUGGCUUCACAUUGGUCACACCAUGGUGCAGGGCAUGGACGCGUUCGGUCUGGCACGACACGACCACAACCUGUUCUGCGAGGUGUCUGUGAAGCUUGCCCUCCUCAUUGACACCAUUGCUGGCGCUGGCCAUGAUGGCAUGCAGCAGAACCCUCCACUGGGACUGGCAGAUCUAUUGACUGAGAUUGCUGUGCCUGCAGCGGCCACUCCUGAAAUCUCAUUGAAAACCACUCACCGACGUCCAGCUAGUCUGCUGCUUCGAUUCCCCGAGGUUGUGACCCUGCGGCACCAGUCUCAGUUAAGAAUGUCAGGUACCGGCGCCAGGUCCAUUGUCACACAGACCAGCCAGCAUUCCGGUACGCGGGCCGGAACGCGGACCGGAACACGGGCAGGAACACAGGCCGGAACAAGGGGCAGUGGACCUUCAGUACGGCCAGGCACUCGCAUGCUCCUGUCGGGAAAACAGUCCGCACAGUCCUCGUCCGCAGCUGGUAGUCGAGCUACGUCCAGAUCUGGUAAUGUCUCCCAUACGGACUCUGCCUCUCGCUCCGGCACGGGUAGACAGUUAGAGAGCGUGCCCGAAGGGGAUAAUGCAGAGAACAGGCAGCAUGCUGAUGUUGACAAAGGCAGUGACCAAGCAACACUGGACAAUGCAACUCUGUCUGAGAGCGCGCCCCCGACAACGACGACAACGACCGACACGUCACAGCAAUCGAGUACAGCACAGCUAACGGACAGUGCAUCUCGCGCAGGAACUGAAUCCCACUCGGGACAAGCGUCCCGCUCUAGGAAUGUGUCUCGCACUGGAAACGCUUCCCGAUCCAAGAUUGCAUCGCGAUCCGGGAAUCUGUCCCAAGCGAGCAGCUCAUCUCGCCUGGCCGGUGCACCAUCAACCCGGGAAGGUAAUGCCAAGCCGCGGCCGACUUCAAGCACAGCUGCCACCAGCCAAGGAACAAGAGCGGAUGUACGACACCCUGGCCAGCCUGCAGGCUCAGCCAACUCUCAGCAAGCACCGGAGGAGGAGGACGAUGAUAGCGAUUCCCCAGAACCUGAGAUCCAGGAGGACGCACUUAGUCUAUCAGCAGCAGGUGGUGGAAAGGCCAAAACGGCGCGUACUGUUCCACCAUCAAUACACACUACACCGGGACAGCACGUCCGAUUGCCGGAGAUCAAAUCCACGUCGAUAACCACCCAGCCUGCUGAACCCAGUACAAGGUUGGCUAAGGAUUCCUCCGGUGCAUUGGUACCUGUGGACAAUAGAACACGCAGUGUUGUCCGACAACAGUCAGCUGACAGCCGCCCAUUCAGCUCCGCUGAGGCUCUCAGUGGCAGUGCCAUGUCAGCAAGCUCUACGCGGCGCUCGUCUGCAGCCGGUACGUCGGUGACCUUUCUGGACGUGGCCACACGCUCGUCGUCUCGCAGCACCUCGCGUGGUGCACUCUCCAGAAUGGAUAGCCAGUCAGUGGUUCCAUUUGGCUCUAGCACGAGCGUUCUGACGACUAUAUCCGAGGAGCGCUCCGAUAGCUCGAAAACGGGAAGCCGCGCCUCGCCGCCAACUGCCGGUGACGAGGCCACACGGGCUGUGUCCGUGCCAGUCCCGGUCAAGUUUCCACCAACGCUGGUCAUGCUGAGGUUUGCGGAGACACUGUUGCAGCGCGUUCUCCACAUUCUGAACACUGUCGGCAGUCUGGACAGCUGUCACCGGUUAACGUCGGCCGAUGGAGUAUUCAUGGCCAGCAAAGCUGCUCACUGUGCACGCCACCCAACAGACACACGCAAGCAGGAGGAAACAGGGGUGCUGCAUCUGGACGUUCUCUUCGCUAUGUAUCGCAUCAAGAUCAAGACUGCGCUUGUAGCUGCCCGGGAUAAAGGUUCUGACAUGGUUGCUGCUGUGAGAUUGGCAUGUGAUCAACUGAUGCUGAUAAUCCGCCAGAACAGGGUCUGGAAGGCUAUCAUGCUGACAGCGGCCGCGUUGGAGCUGCAACUAGCUGUUCAGGAACACACGAAUACAGAUGUAGAUGUGAAGUGCCUGGGGCAUGUGUCGGAUAUGAUGAAGGAUGCUUGCCAGAUUGUCAUACAAGCAGCAGACGACGAGCCGAAUGUUCUCUCAGCACGAGCCCAAGCUGUGCACAUAUCACCUCAUGUGGGCCUGAAGACACCACCCCCGCCACUGCUUGUUAGCUUUCAUAAUGGUGCGGCUACUCUUAGACCUCAGCCGUUCCAUCCAAAAUCGAAUCAAGUGGUUGCCUCAUAUCGUGUAUUCGCUUGCCAAGCUAUCGGACAGCGUUUGAAGGCGCGCCUGGAUGACUACAGAUUGCCAGGCCUAGGGAUAGAUGUGCUAGCCUCCGAGACAGCCAGAUUCACAGUACGCAAUCUGAAGCAUAAUCAGAAGUAUGUAUUCGCCAUGGCCGCAUACGACACGGAUGGUAAUCUCAUUGGUGAUUCUGUCGGCGAAUCCACCAAGCCGAUUCUCAUGAGCGACCCCCUGCCACUCGUACCGUUGACAGGUAUUCUGUGUAAGUCAGCAGUGACGUGUGGCAUGCCUGGCAUUGUCAAGAAGAGUGCGGAGCUGAUGUGGAACGUCUGUACAGAAGGUGACAGGCUCCGGUGCUUUGUGCUGUCACUGCACCCGAUCUUCCUGCAACACUUUGCCCACUCGGUGAUGGCGCGCAUCCGCCUGGACAUCCAGGAAAUGGACGAGUCCUACCCACACGUGCGAGUCUGCCUCCUGGGGAUUCCCCUAGAGCUACAGGCUGAACAUAUUGCGCUAUGCAAUCAGCUGCUACUCAUCCUGGACGUGGCAACCUUCAUCAACGAUGGGGAGCUGGCGUUGCAGAUCGUGUUGAUGGUGUUCUCCACUCUGGUGCGGGAGAUUGAACUGCGCAUUGCCUCUAAGGACAUGCUCAGGAUCAUGCUGAAAUGCCACGCUGCCAUACAGGAAUUGUUGGUAGCCGCCAAGAGCAACGACACGCUGAGGAAGGCACUGCACAGUGAACCGGAGGUGUUGCUGAUGACGGCAUCGGUGGCCGCCUAUAUCGAUAUGUGUUACACGGUGCUGCUGAAAAGCGAAGAUCAAGACCAGCUGGAUGACGAUGGUCUAAAGCUGACCUCACCCGUCGUGAGAGAAGCUCUCGAAUACCUCAGCGUGGCCACUGGCUAUGUUCUUCAGCCGUCGGUUGCUGCCAUGACUAACCAGCAAGCCACCGGCAAUCGGCUUGGCGCGGCGACGGGCGCUGCUGCAUCUAUGAACAAGUCGAUGGUGAAGCGUGCAAUGAGCGUGGGGCAGCUGAAGACGACAGCGGUGUCACUGGCCAAUCCGGCCGUCCUGGCGGCAAUCCGAGCACUUCAGGAGACACACUCUUACUUAUCAGCUGUUAAAGUACCUAGUGACGGGAAGCUGGCACCGAUCGGAAUCGAUGAUCGUGCCCAGCUUCAUGGUGUGAUCCGGCAGUUCCCAAGUGAAAUCGCUUAUCGUGAAGUGAAUCGAUGUCGGAAGCGAGCUCACUUUCUCGAGUUCUUUGUCCGUGUUGUUGAGCGCAGUCUCGAGCGGAAAGAGUACGCACUGGCCAUAGAGAAUUCUGAACAGGCAUUCGCGUGGCUUGCCAGGAGAAACUACACACUACUGCGCAAAGACAAGUUGGACGGCGACACAAAGCUGUUGAACAAGUUGCGCGAGGCCAUUCCUGGCAAGGCAAGAACGACCGGUGUCGUGAACAGCGACAGUGAGAGUAGCGGUGACAGCUCUUCCAGCAGCUCUACUGAUCAACCAGAGGACCCGGAAAAUGGUGAUGCUGAUAGCCCAACCGCGAAUGAGCGCCGAGACAACAAUGAUGAGGAGGACGAGGAAAGUGAGGAUGAUGAAGAGGACAAGGAGGAGGAUGAGGAGGAAGAGGAAGAGGAGAGUUCUCGUGGUAGACUCGAGGAUGAUGAUAAUGAUGAUGAGAGGAUGGGCCGUGCAUUCAGGAAGCGCAAGAAAGCCAACCUCUUCAGACAAGUGAAGCCGGAGAGAAUCAGUCGUCCCACAUGGAGGGUAGGCGCAAAGGCUAUUCCAGAUGGCUUUCCCAUCGAGAACAAGCAAGUUCUGGCUGCCCUGGUGUUGCAUGCACGUUUACCCUGCAUGUGGCGUAUGAUGCGCUGCCGCAAGAGAUUCCUCUCCGUCAGCAAAGACGAGCUGCCCUGGAGGAGCAGGCUUCACUAUCUGCUAGCCAAGGUGCACUUUUCCCUGUAUGUUGAAGAGCUGCAAAAGAAACUCUCAGCAGUGGACAGUAUACCGGAGACGUUUGACAAAUGUCGAGUGCACCCUUCAUGGUUUGAUCUGGGCAUAGCGGGUGGAUUGGUGGUGAACGGUGGAAGCUAUGGAAGUGUCCCGGACACGGUGAACGCUGAAUUCCUUCAUCUACUGGAUGACGAAGACAAGCGCACGAUAUUCCAGACGAGCAUCGUGGACAGAGGCGAGCAUUUCAAGCGUCAAGAUGGAUCUGUGGCACCGAAACAGCUCAGUUCUUCAGCAGAACAUAAAGACGAGGCCCAUGCUGGAACUGCAAGGAAGGUCACUGGCAGAAAGGCAACUACAACAGUCGAGCCCCUCGGAGGCAAAGAUCGGGGAAACAAGCCUUCUGUAGCUGCCCCAGCUGCCGGGGACAAGUCCUUGGGAAGUGACUCUCCGGGGGAUUUGACACUGGUCAAGGCAAGCACUGAGGACGAUGAAAAUGAAGAUGUGAGCGAUAGCGCUACUCGUGGAAGUGAUGAGACGGAGAGCGGUGACAGGAAUAGCAUAGUCAAUGGCGGCUCUGUCCUCAAUGACACUGUUGACAACAAUGCCAAGGCUGACGUCAACACUGAAGCAGGGCACGCACAUGACACAGAAGAAAGUGACACGACCGAGACAGAUACUACUGGAAUGGAUACUGGGAGUGACACUGAAGUCGAGGACGGCGAGACACUUGAAGACACCGGUAUCAAAGACGGCGCUCAUAACAGCAUGGAUCAAACCGGAACCGCCGAAGGCGAUGGUUCAACUGCAAGCAGGGGCCGCACCAAGGGCAAGAAGCAUCACAAAAAGAAGAAAAAGAAGAAGAAGAAGGGCCACAGCAAGAAGAAGGGUCACGUCGAUCCCGAGGAUGGCAGCCGACGACAGAGGAGCAGCAGCAGCACAGCAAUUACUGCUGAUGGCAUGCCUGAUGACGAUGAUGAUGAUUCUGACUUUGAUGAUGAAGCUAUCAGCAAUGAGUGCGCUGCAACCGAGUCACCAGAUGAGAUUACAGUAACACUGACGUCAGCUGGGGACUUCACUGGUGCAAAUUCAAAGCUGGACGAGUACCGGUCUAUGCUGACACCGGACAAACUCAUACGUAGCGAUCAGCUGGAUGCAGUCAAGUCUCACUUGACACGCGCCUUGGUAUGUGCUGAGAGAGGCAAGGCAUACUUACUUCUCCAGGACGUAGCUCGGCUCGUGGACAACAUGGUUCACAAGAUACAGGCCAUGCUGCUCUCCGUCUCUCACAGUCUUGUCUGGCACACCAUCAGUCAAAUCAACCUCCAGCAGGCAAUCAAGACCAGGGAAGAGUUCCAGAACACCGUCCGCCACUACGAGGAGAAGUGCAGGGUGGCAUUGCACGAGCAAUUCCGCAAGGUCUUCUUCCACGCUGCUAAUGGCGUCGUCGACAUGCUGAGCGAAAUAUCCACGCUACAGCCAGAAGCAUUCGAUGGCUUGCUAAAAGAGCCAAAGCCGUUGUCUGGGCCUAGAGCGUCUACAAAACCAUUGCCACCCCACACCAAUUGCAAUGCGAGCACAGGCAAGAUGCGAAAGGCGCCGGAGAAGAGGACCUGCGAGCGUUGCUUCCCCAGCGUCCCACCGGUGGAGCGUGACAUGCGCCGUGGCAUGCCGCUGCAGUCCAGUCUCUAUUUCCGACGGGGUACGAUGGACGAUACGGUCACGUACACGCUGGACCUGCGCUGGUGCGUCAACUUCACGCUGGCCACGCUGCAGAAGUUCUUCUUUCUCAGCCGCUGGGAGCUGGUCAUCGACUUUGGGCAGCGCUUCAACGCCGCAACCAGCAAUGCCUGUUCCCUGCAUGUCACGCCGCUGCUGUUCGUGUCUCAGCGAAAGCUGGAUGCCAGGUUGUAUGGAGCAUGGGAGGUGGCAGAGAACUUAGCCGGUGAUAGCAAGUUUCCCAGAAUAGUCACAACGCCGGAUCUCCUGCCAUCGGUACAUGCUGAUCCAGUCGGUGAGCAAGUAUACGAUCACGUCCGCUGGCGUACGUCAGCCACCCUUGCUGUUGACGAACACCUCACAGGAUUACGCGAGGCUGGCCUGGCAAUACGAGACGAUGCGCACAUGCUGUACCACAGCCGCUUGCUUCGCUUGCGCUACAUCGGCAGUUGUCACAAAGCUGAAGGCAUAGUAAGUACUCCUGUGUUGGUGGAGACGAAAGUCACCGAGUGCCCGCAUUGCCGCCAGUUUCCAGCGGAGAGCGAACUCUGGACCAGCCACUCUGUGUAUCCGGUCCUGGAAGAGCACCGGAAGGACGCCUUGACCAUGGUUGUAUCGCACUACAUGACUACGAUCAAGCUGCUCAAGACGAAUGAAGACAAGACAUUGAUGUACCAGGCCAGGGCAGAGUUGGCGGGCCUGUUCUUCCACGCUAAACACACAGAGAGUGCCUACAAGAUCUGGCAACAACUACUGUGCGACAUGCUGGGUGUCAGAGAUGUCCUACAUGACUGGAGACAGUACAUGGAUCAGGACGAAGAUGAGGAGCCGGACGAUGCGGAGAAACACAAGCGUGGCGAGGAGGAGGAGAAAAGUGCGGAGGGCGAGGAAGAUGGCAACGAGCAAGACGCCGAUGAAGAGCAUUCCGUCUUGCCGGGUACCAUGUCCAGUGGCCUGCGCCAUGUUGCCAACCACUUCUUGGAGACAUGUGGUGUCUGGGGCUGUCUGUUUGCCGGGCAGAUUGCCACCAAACUGGCAAGGUUUGAGCACGGCAAAGCGCUCAAGAACCAGACGGAGUGUUGCCUGUUGGCGUUCUCCUUGUUCAAGGGUGCAAUGCAAGCCUCUCUGCCCCUGUCUUGGAUGGACGACAUGAAGUUUGCCGAGCACACGGUGGACCCGAGCAGACUCUUGCCUGGCGUUGAAUUGUUCAGUGAUCCAUAUCGCUGCGAUGCUGUUGCCCUGUCACAUGACCUGGUUUGGCUGUGCAGAACGCUGAUUGAUGCAGGCUACUUGAAUCAGUCUCUACCGAUGCUGAGCCUGUUGAAGGGUCUCGCACGUAACAUGACGCGCAGCCUGGAGAUGUCAGUUGAUGCAAUGUGCAUGCAGGUUGCUGUUCUCAGCCAGCUGGGAGUGUUUUCCAAGGCAGCGACCUGUCUCAGGAACCUGCUGACCGGUCACCGGAUGCCAGACGGUAUAGGACAUGUGAACGUGAAUGAAGCCAGCCAGAAAUCACCGCUGAUGACAGUGGCAUUCUUAGACAGCAAGCCAGCCCGUCACUCUGUGAACUGCAAGACCCUAUUGUUCCUUAGCUCCUGGUCUCAGCACAGAGAGAUGGGGCUAUAUGGACGAUCACUGGUGGACAAGAUUGACUUCUGCGUGGCUAACUUUCUGACUGAAGUAGUUUCCACCAUGCCACUGUGUUGUCCAAAGGGUGAAGACGUGAACUGUGCAAAGCGGCUGAACGAGGAGAGUCGUGCCAUGCUUAGCAAGGAACUGGAACCCAACCUCUCCACUACUGCCUUGGCACCAUCAGAUCCAGAUAUUCUCUCCUUUGCCACUCCAGCUGGACUCAAGCUUGUGUUGAUAGAAAAAGCUGCGUUCUUACUGGAAACCAUCCACAAUGUUGCCGUAGCCGGUACCCCAGGUGACAAAGGACCCAUCUUCAGUGACAGCGGCAGAGCUCUGGACAAUAAAGGCAAAUCGAAGCAGCUCGCCUAUCGACUGCAGGCCGUCGACGCUGAGAUUAUCGUACGCUGUCGCCUGGACCUCUGCCGUCUAUCUCUGUGUCAGCUGCAUCACCUGGAGGCCGCACAGCAUGCACAGCAUGCACUCCACGCCAUGUCCAUCUUUGAGCAGCCAGACCGGGAUGACUCAUCGUCGUCAGUGUUAUUCGACCGCAGUGUCACAUGCAGUCAUAUCGGUGCCAGGCUGUGGCUGCAAGCACGCAUUCUGCUGCUGACUGCGCUGGGACAUGUAGCGCCGGUCACCACACCCGUAUUGGAGCAAAUGAAACUGUUUGGUCAGCCAAGUGAGAUCUGUGCACUGGGCAUCAGCGAAGCAGUGGCAAUGAUGGCACCCGUGGAGACGGCCGUCUUUCACUUGUUCACGGCCGUUCACAAGCUAAGAGCUGGCCAUCGUCGUGAGGAUACUCUUCCUGAACUACUGGGAGCGGUCACUCAGCUUAUUGAGCAGCCAGAACCUCAGUCGCACACCGCCGUGUCCUCUCUCGGCCGGUGGCUGCCAUUCGUGGCGGGAACCGUGCGCUCUGUUCUGUGUGCAAAUCGCAAGCUGGUACACGGGCUGACUGCUCGGCUUGGCAGCCCCGUGUCGAUGUUGUUGCAAGUGGGAAAGCAGGCGUAUCGCGAGCUGAUGUACACCACUGGACAGUGGAAUGGCACUGGGGCAUUGCCAGCCAUCGGCCCCACACCGCUAGCCUGCAAUGUCAACAGUCCACACGUCAUGAGCCUAGUGGAGUGUCGACUUCAUCCAUCCGUCAUGGCGUUGGUUGACCGUACACUGGCCGUCGGCAGGGUCCAGCGGUCACUGUCCUACGUAGCGCCGCUGAAAGAGGCAACUCAGCUGCCGAUGAAAGUCGUCCGCGGUUUCCUGUCGCUCCAUGUCCCGUUCUCAGUGAACGCCGUACGGACAUGUGUGCUGAGAAUCGGUAACCUACUCAAGGAGGUUGAUUCUUGCACAUUGAAUUACAGGUUGAUCCUGGCACUGCAGAAAGUCCUUGCACUGCUGCACAUCUUCUGCUCUCGUCUGGCUGCCAGAAAGGGCCCUCAAGGCGCCGCCCAGUCCAACCGGUCGAGUGCAGCCGAGCUCAGCACUGUGCCAGCGGGUGCUUGGCGCCACCCACCGGCCAAGUGGGCAGGAACGGCUACGGUGGCGUGGAACGUCAUCCGGGCAACGCUGACAACGUACCGAGCCUCGCUAGCCUCGCAGCAAGUACAGAACUUGGACUACCUGCAGGCCAUAAGCGGCGAGGAGCUGGCAAAGCUGCCGGCCUGCAUUCGUCAGCUUCUGUGCGGUGUUCCCGUCACGGGUACGAAAACACCGCCGGGGUUCCCUGCACUGAUCGAGCCCAAGUUUGGCGACAGCAAAUCUCUUUCGCCACACAAGACAGUAGCACCGGCACCACGGUCCAAGGCAAAAUCAGCCCCAAUGUGGCAAGACCUGGUGACCAUACGGCACAGGCUGGACGCCAUCUGCAGGGACAACCCUGCUGCUGAGUUGCAUGAAGUGCAUACCACUCUACCGAUGUAUAUAUGUGGUGAUAGUGGCAAGGUGAGAGACAUUGCCGAUACCAUACUGGAAGAGCGUUGCCAGGCCUAUCAGGAGGCAUGCUGCCCACGCAUGAAGAAGAUCAGCUGGCGCACGGCCAUCAAUCUGCCGAGCAACUUUGAAGAGCACCUCACCAACGUGCUGAAAGUGACUGCUAAAGAGCAAGCUGACAUCGGUAGUUUGCUGUUGGACACUGGUAAGGCUGGAGGCGAGACAAGCCAUGGCGGCGCUAAGGACUCUAACGUACUGAAGGAAAUGAAAGAAAGCAGAGACGUGUGCGGCACGGCUGACCUUAAGUUCACCUGGUGGAGACCCAGCUCUGUCGGCCUGCAAUACAACACCAAUGACGAAACGCCGACGAUCCUUCAGUUCGUCAUCAAUCAGCUGAGAAAUGCACAGCAGCCGCCUCUCAGUGGUAGUGGCAGUAGCGAUGACGAAGUCGUGCUGCUCUUCUCAUCCAGCAGGGAGCCGCAAGACGAGCCCAUACCUGGUAGCGGUUACAAGCGCAUUGGACUGGGCUGCCGCUUCUUCUCGCGAUAUCAACUGAAGUCACUUGCGGCACGUGCCCGUGCAGUGCAGAAUCCAGCCACUACAAGAUCAGACUCAACGAGCACAAGUGAUGCGCAUAUGUACGCCGCAGAGCCAAUGACAGCACAGGAUGCGGCCAGGGCACGGCUCUAUGAAGAGAUGAGCAAUGCGUUUGGAAUACCUGCAACUCUCUCCACGGUGCCAAUGAAUGAUGACACUCUGGAAGCGCUGCUCGGUUUCAUUGACAUUGGCACGUGUGGCGAGGUGACGCACCGCAAGCUCAAGCUCUGGCUGCUGCACGCACUCAUGUUCAACAAGCCAUGACAUCAUGGCAAGCUACAGCGAUGGCAUCAUUAAGUAACGAGGAUCAACAGCAGCUAGCUUGCAUGCCAUCCUUUUUUCCAAGUGAGAUUCAUUCAGUUCUCCACAUGCGUAAAGAUUUCUUACCAAUACACGUAUACGAAAUGUAUUAUGGCUUUGGUUACCUGCCGAGUGCUCAUUUCAAAGACUGAUUGAACCCGACUGGCUAUGAUUCUAAGAUCAGGUACUGAUUGGAAUAUUGAUGGUAUAGAUUGAUAUACAUGUAUUUCUUUGCAAAGAAGUCUACUUUUCAUUAUGGAACUAACUAAGAUAUGGUAUGUGCAUAAAUGUCUGUGUAUGUGUGAAUGAGUAUCAGUGUUUCUAUCAUUGAUCACAUGACUGUAUACUCAUAUCAAGGCCCUGCAUGCCUUGUUGCGUCUGUCUGGACUAGAAUAGGAGCCUGCUUGGGCUUGGCUAUUUCCCCCAACUACUUUUCCACAGCUUCUUUCCUUACAUCAGAUUCCAUAUUUCGUUGUCGGCUUUCAUGACUGUAAGCAUUUUUGCAAUGUGUUGUCUGACAUACUGACUCAUAAGUGGCCUCCAAUGUCAUUGCCUGAUUUUUAUAGGAAUUUAGAUGCUUUCCUGAAGAUGGGCCUUGCCUGAAAAUUCGGAUGA